AGCUUUUCAAUCUUUCAAUAUUGGCGCCAGCUUUGUUAGAAUGUUGUCAUGGCAAUGUCACAUUUACCUCUACCUGGACUAAAUUAGGUGUGUAACUAAAUGUUUCCAAAAAUCUUCGUCGUUCUUGUAUAAUAGGUCCUAAAAUAAAACCAAAAAAAAAAACUUUAAAAUCAAAUGUCACGAACAGCCUACGAAGUGCAGAGGGAUUUUGGUCUGAGCAGCGGUCUGCGCUCUGAAAUCAUCUGGGAUUCUCUGGCUGCUGAUCAAGCGGAUGUUUUAAAACAAAAGAUUGAGCAGCUUAUAUGCGGAGAUGACUCAAGAAAACCAAACUCCUUGAAGCGUCAGCGACAACUACUUUUCCAGAAUGUGUGGCAGCAAAGACGCUACACAAAUGGAACCCUACUCUCCGCCAUUAUCUAUGUCCUAGUCACGGCGGAAACCGAUCCGGAACUGGCUUUACAAUCCACAGAUUACACCUGUCACCCGGUUUUCCGAACUCGCCGCUGCAUGAAGGGCGGAAACAGCGAAUCCUGUUGCAUGAUUUUUGUGGAUGAGCACGGUCGCGUUUACUCCAACUGGCAGCAGUAUGUCCUACGGAACACCUUGGCCAACGGCAUGAUGAUUGCUCCCAGUCAGGGUAUCUACACAUUCACCGAUGAAACCGAUCCUGGAGUUCAUCUGAUGGUCCAUCCUACCCCCGCAUCUCAAGGUCGUUAUCGGUUACUCAGUGUGGGCGACAAAGUGGCCACAGUUGGGGGCUUGGUAGCCACGGUUCCCGUAGCUGCAGCCUUGGCAGUUCCAGUGGCAGGUCCUCUUAUAAUUGCCGGCACAGUUGUGGGUGUGGCUACGGCUGCCUAUAGUACCCUGCGCUCUGCAACUAACCUAUUUGACCGGAGGCGUCAUGGGCAAAGCACAUGCAUUACGGACAGCGAGGCCAGGAGUUCUUGGUUGGGCGUGGCCGGAGGCGUGGUAGGUCUAGGCGCCACCGGAGCCACCAAAGCUUUAGGCGUCGUGGCUGGAGCGGGAUAUAACGUCAAUCCAGCUGCUCAGUUGGCCGUGAAGGGCAUCAAUGUGGGUUCGGUAGUGAUUUCCGGAACAGGUGUGGUCAACGGUGUAUACGAUUUGUAUUGUAAAAUUGGAGACGACCAGGCAUUGAGCAGCUUGGAUGUGCUGCAGAUGGCUUCGCACUUGGUUAUCUUCACCCACUCUAUCAACAAUCUUCGUUUGGCUUCCAAGGUAACCAAUGGAUCUUCCUUAAGACGAGUUCUUCGUAAUCAAUCUAGAAAAGUCUUCGAUAGAAUUUCCCAAGAGUCCACCAAACUCCAUAGCGAUAUGGGAAAGUUCGAUAUUGUUCGAACUCUGAAUGAUAUUCCCUUCAAGGAGGCUCUUCUUAGCCUCCAUGACAUUAAUUCCAAUCUGUACCAAGGCGUGUCAGCUAUGACCACAAUCCUGCCCCAAAUAUUGAGCGUAGGUAGUGCUGGCCAGUUACUCAUUAACCUGGACACAUUGGCUCAAAAGUUCGGUGAAAAGUUUGUCCAGCACAUUGGAAACGUGGCCAGUUUCGCGGACGUUUUGGAGGCCAUGGCCAGGUACUUUACCGAUCGUGCCGUACAGCUAUUAAUGGGAAUAACCCGCAACUUUAUGGAGCAAAAUAUAGACUCCAUUGAUCGAAAUUUGAAUACUUUUGUGUCCACGGAGACGGUCUUAUAUCGUAUUCUGAUGCACUGCGUCACCACCUUUGACAAUUUUGCAGACGAUUUCCUUCACAGUCGUCAGGAGGAUAUUUUAAAAAUGGUCACGAAAUAUUUUAAAUCCUUGGAGCCUAUAAACGAAUCGAAUUGCCGCAAGUACCAGUGUUCUGUCUGCAAGGGUGCAUACUAUAUCACUUCCAUAUGAUCCUCAAAAGGAUAUAAA